AAGCUUCUAUUCACACCCCAUUUGAGAAUUCAUCAACACUACCUCAAGAAAUCUCAGGAUCAAACAUGUCUUACCCCAUCAAAACGAUCGUCGUUUUGGUUCAAGAAAACCGUUCGUUUGACCACAUGUUGGGUUGGAUGAAGUCCCUCAACCCGGAAAUCGACGGAGUCACCGGUUCGGAGUCAAACCCAAUUUCCACCUCGGAGCCAGGCUCGAACCGGGUUUAUUUUUCCGACCAGUCUGACUUUGUUGAACCGGACCCGGGUCACACGGUGGAGGAUGUGUACGAACAAGUUUUCGGCGAACCGUGGAGCGAGUCCUCGACGACGAAGAAAGUGUUGCCGACAAUGGACGGGUUCGCUCAAAACUCGGUGAAGCAAAAGAAGGGGUCAACGGCGGAGACAGUGAUGAACGGGUACAAACCGGAUCUGUUACCAGUUUAUCGAGAGUUAGUUAAGGAGUUUGCGGUGUGUGAUCGGUGGUUUGCUUCGGUUCCCGGUCCGACCCAACCGAACCGGCUAUACGUGCACUCUGCGACGUCGUAUGGGUUGACCACUCAGGAUACGCAGAAACUUAUUGGAGGUUUGCCACAGAAGACUAUAUUUGACUCUUUGGACGAAAAUGGGUUCAGUUUUGGAAUAUAUUACCAAUACCCACCAUCCACACUUUUUUAUAGAAACCUUAGGAAAGUGAAAUACAUAGACAACUUUCAUUUGUUCGAUCAAAAGUUCAAGAAGCACUGUGAAGAAGGGAAAUUGCCAAACUAUGUGGUGAUUGAGCAAAGAUAUUUUGACUUGCUAUCAGUGCCUGCAAAUGACGACCAUCCAUCGCAUGAUGUUGCAGAGGGACAAAGGUUUGUGAAAGAAGUGUACGAGACACUAAGAAGAAGUCCUCAAUGGAAUGAAAUAUUGUUUGUGAUAACAUAUGAUGAACAUGGCGGGUUCUAUGAUCAUGUGCCAACGCCUGUCGAUGGAGUUCCAAACCCAGAUGACAUUGCAGGUCCUCCACCAUUCAACUUUCACUUUGAUAGACUUGGUGUUAGGGUUCCUACCAUCAUUGUUUCUCCAUGGAUUCAGGCAGGGAAAGUGUUGCAUGAACCCUCUGGGCCAUUCCCAACAUCACAGUAUGAACAUUCAUCAAUACCAGCAACUGUGAAGAAAAUGUUCAAUCUUCCUCAUUUCUUGACAAAGCGUGAUGCAUGGGCUGGAACAUUCGAAAAUCUCUUAUCUCUUACCACUCCACGUACUGAUUGUCCAGUGAAAUUGCCGGAGCCUAUGAAACUACGAGAGGGUGGUGCAGAAGAAGAUGCAGGAUUGAGUGAGUUUCAAGAAGAAUUGAUAUACUUGACAGCAACUUUAAAUGGGGAUCAUAAGAAGAGUACGUACCCCAAAUUAACACAGAAUUUAACUGUUUCAGAGGCAGUUAAAUACUGUGAAAGUGCAUUUCAAACGUUCUUGAAUGAGUGUGAGAAAGCAAAGGAAAGUAGAAUUGAUGGAUCUGAAAUUGUUCAUUGUGCAAAGCCACACACAGCACCACAAUCCAAAACUUUCUUGCACAAGAUGUUGUCUUGUAUAUUGUGUAAAGAUUGAAUAUCCAAUAUCAACUUUACUUUCUCUCA